GUCUCCACCACGGCAGCAUUUCGCCCACCGGUCUCUUUACGCACCUAUCUCUCCCUCUCGCUCCCUACCCCCUUAUCGUUCCCUGUCUCCCCCCUCGCUCGACCCCCUUUUGGCACCCCCUCCUCCCCGUCCGCCCGUCUGUCCUCCACCCCUCGCCCCACUCCACUUGCCGCCCUUUCGCGACCGGUGCAUACACGACAGCGGUGCAUACACCCGCUCACCCCCCACCGCCGCGCGUGUAAACGAAGGUGUUGGCGAGGCGGCGUGUUAGUGUGCGUGCGGUAUGAUGAAUGAACGACAUUUUAGAGGGACGGAAGUAGCGCGCGGUCCCACGUAGCCCUUUCACGCGAUCGUACGUCACACACCGGCUACGAUCCCCGCGAAGAUGCGCCUCGCGCGAGAGCUGCAGUCGUCCACGUGGAAGUACGGGCCAGCUGCGAUGGAAGGAUUUAGUGACGCGCCAGUUCUCUCUCUGUGAUUACGUGGGACUCGUUCCCCCGCGCUCGUUCAUUCGUGACAGCUGAUAGGGGCGAGAAGGUGCGUCCGCUGCUCCUGAGGGCUGUGCUAUUUCGCGAGAUGUUCCCGUUUGGCAACGAACGACGCGUACAGUGGUGCAAUUGCGACGACGAAGAGGAAGGAGUGCGCGGAGCGAUUUCGAAGAUUAGACGCGAGCACGCGACGACCGCGUGUCAACUCGACGGCGAGGACGACGACGAACCCGGCUUGCGCGUUAAAGUGGGAUUUCUUAUUAAUCGCGAGUGCUACCGGUGUCCCUCUGGACGCACGUGUGAAUUCUUCAACCGGAGCGGGAGUAAUGAACCGUGAAGGCAGCGGACACGUGGUCGCUUCGGCGUGGUCGAUGUCUCGUGAAUAUUUCGUUACGACUAUUGUGUGCGAACCACUGUUCUGAAAUCUUGCAUUACAGUGUCCCACUCUCAGGAAGAUACGUCACCGCGGUUGGACUUUGAGGAGGUUGGCGACGCGAAAUGUACCGGAAACGAUGGACCGUGAAAGCAUUGGGAAUGGAUUUGCAGUAUAGCACGAAUGGGAUCGGUCGGCAUAUACCCUUCAAAAUGAUCUGCAUCUUCUUUCUCACAAUGCUGCUGCACGGAAACACCGCACACGCGUCGCAUCAUUACAAAGCGGACGUUUUCCAAGAGCACGCAACGUUGGAAAACGGUCCAUAUUUCGACACCACGGUGUCGCCCGACGUCACUGGCUUAGUCGGGAAAACCGCUGAACUGAUGUGCAAAGUGAAGAAUCUCGGCAACAGAACGGUUUCGUGGGUGAGGCAUCGUGACAUUCACUUAUUGACAGUCGGUCACUACACUUACACGAGCGAUCAGCGUUUCGAGGCGCUGCACACGCUUCACACGGAAGAAUGGAUUCUGCGAAUACGAUAUCCGCAGGAAAAAGAUUCCGGUAUCUACGAGUGCCAAAUAUCCACCACUCCACCGAUCGGUCAUCGGAUUCAUCUUACCGUGUUCGAGCCCGUGACAGAGAUAGCCGGUGGUCCGGAUCUGUUCAUCAACAAGGACAGCACGAUAAAUUUGACGUGCUACGUGAGAUACGCGCCCGAACCGCCGUCUACGAUAAUUUGGAGUCACAACCACCAGGCGAUUAACUUCGACUCACCGAGGGGUGGCAUCAGCCUGGUAACGGAAAAGGGACCUGUGACUUCGAGCCGUUUACUCAUUCAGAAGGCGAUCGAGAGAGACACCGGCCUUUACACGUGCUCGCCCAGUAACACUCAUCCUAACAGCGUACGGGUCCACAUAGUCAACGAAGAACACCCGCCAGCGGCGAUGCAUCACGGCGACGGCGACAGAAUGGCCGCGACGUUGCUUCCGGUCGUCCUACUUCUUUGGAUGAUAUUCUAGCCGACGCUAUGCACUCCGGGUUGAAUGUGUGGAACUUAACGCGCCGGUCGCCUAACUCCUCUGCACGAACCACCGGUUCGUGAGGUUCUGUCUCGCGGUUUUGUCUCCGGGGAUCCAACUCGCUGCGACGCGCAUUCGACACGUCCCGCCCUGCGAAAGUAGCGGAAUCUCAGCGUGGGUUCGCGUCGCGUCGUUCCUCUCUAUCCUCCCUCUUUCUCUACACUCUCCCGUUGCGUUUCUCCUGUCUCGUUGUUACGCCGAUUGGGAGACAUCCGCGUUGCGGAAGAUCCAAUUGCCGCGACGUCGUCGUCGCUUGUAAGACGCGAGCUGAGGAACGAGUAUUGUUAGAGGGUAGAUGUGUCGGCAAAUGAUUGGUUGCCACCGCAUACACUUAGCUCCACGGACAAAACGGCAUAAUAUUUUCGGCUUGUUUCGUAGGGCGAGGACAUAAGGUAAAAAUAAUAAUUGCCUUUUGAAACUUUUUCGAAAAAGGUUGAAUUAUUCAAGGUUAUCUUUUUACACCGCUCAUUCGCUGAUUCGUCCACCGUGAUUGGUAGACAAGAGUUUUUCUGCGAGAUACUUUGUAACGCGAUUCAUUUGUCGAAAUCGGAAACUACUGCGAUACUUUCAAGGUCGUUGGCUAUUUCACGAAAAAAGGACAACGCCGGGAAUCUCACCGCGCUGCGGAAACAAGUACGAAGUCUUUUUCUGUUCGAGUGAAAAGUCGCAAGUCCGUUUCCGUCGUCUGGAAUCUUUUCUCACUUUCGAAAAAUAAAAAUCAUCCGCGACGGAACAGAAUGCAGGGGCAGAGAAUUGCCAUGUGCGAAUGUAGAGCGCAUGAUCUAACAACGACCCGGAAAACAUUCCUGAAAACUUGCGCGAAAGAAGAAACGACAAAAGUGCAUUGUUACCGGAAGAAUCCGCUUAUGAGGAUGGGUACUUUCCGAUAUUAAGUCAAUUUGGAGAGAGCGUGUUCGCGCGACGUGUCUUCGUGAACUUCGAUAAUAUUGACCAGUUAAAACGAUUCGCGCGGAGCCAGGCGAACUUAUGACCAUGUAAAAUACAAAAUGCAUAUACAAAUGAAAUGCAAAAUUCGCCAAAGUAUUAAUCAUGCAUUUAUCAAGCAUUAUAAAAUCAAUGAAGCGCAUAUGAUAUCGAACUCAUUAAAAGCUGAUCCUUUACUAAUCUAUAACUGUCAAUCAUUGACCAAUAAUUCGUUACUCAGUUACGAUUCAUUAUUAACAAUUAACUAGAUAUCCAUUUUCAUGGCACAUUUAUACUAUCUAGGAGUGAUUUUGCACGACAAUAUUAGUAGCAACUACAACAAAGUCACAAAUGAUACGGUUUGCACAGAAAUUUUUAUUACAAUUCACUUCUAUGUCGUAACAAACGGAAAAUUAUAUGCUUUGCAAUACGAUUCGUUUUUUAUUCUUUCAAAUAAAUAUUGAAAUCUCGCGCUUCCAAUCGUAGAUUCACUUUUAGCUAGAGAGGAAAGAAAAUUAACGCGUUUUUGAUUAUAUCGAAAUUAAUCGACGAUAUAGAGCCAACAGUCGCUUCAUCAUCGGAAGCGUCUCAGCUGUAAAGUGCAAUUUAUCCCAUAUCGUUGCGACUUUUUUACGCGGAGAUAUCGACGACGAGCGGCGAAUCCUUUGACGGGGACCGGGCCCGGCAACAAUGUUAUGCGCUGUUCGUGCUCAGUCGAGAAGCACUCAGUCUAAGAAGGGAUAGGAUGCGUAGUAUGAACGUCCUACAUUGAGAAAUUAUUCGAUAAAAAAUUAACAAACAGAUAUUUCCGAUCAAAAUACAGAUGAAUUUUUGGAUCCGAUCAGGAAACACCUGAUGAGAAAUAUUGCUAAUUUUUUAUUAGUUUAUCUAAUAAAAUGCCAUUAUAAUCGGAAAUAUUCGAUUCAAUUUAAUCGGAUAUCCUGGUCGGAUAUAAAAAUUCAUCGGUAUUUUAAUCUAAAAUACCCGAUUGUUAAUCUUUUAUCGGCUAAUUUUUCUCAGUGUACAAUGGUCGUUUUUUGAAAUGCGUUAAAAGUACUGACAGUGCUGAUUUUUGUGUUCAAAAUUAUUUCUAGCAUACUGCAAGAGAACAGUAGUUACUACUUUUUUAAAGCUUAAUCUACAAUAUGCUUUUUGCUUCCUGUUUUUUUCUCUUUAUUUCAUUCAAAUCUUAAAGCUUAAUAUACAAUGUGUACUUUGCUUUCUGUUUCUUUCUCUUUAUUUCUUUCUGAAACCUUAAGUCUUAAAUCUGACCUAUAAUGUGCUCUUUGCUUCCUAUUUCUUAUUCUUUAUCUUUUUCUAACUAAAAGCUCAAGGUUUAAAUCAGAAAGAGAUAAAGAGGUAAAAAUAGAAAGCAAAUUUCAAAUCUCCAUAUUUUAGUGAAAAUACGUUAAGUGUCUUUGCUUAUUUCACGGCUUUCUGCGAGAGGUCUUCACUAUAACUUUUGCAGGUCCUUAACGAAAGUAGUUCCUAGGGAAUUGCUAACUUCCGGCUGAUUCUGCACAUACUUCCGAGAUAGUGCAAGUUCAGUAAUGCACAUGGCGACUGGCGGUUUAAGAUAAAUAAGUAAGUAUAUAAGAGAAGAAAUAUAAGAGGGAGAGAGAGAGAGAGAAGAGAAUUACAAAUGAUGUUACUAAUGAAAUAUAUUGUUAAUAUUAUUAUAAUAUAUAAUUAAUCGAUGGAAAUUAAAAUAAUAUAUAUGAAGUAUAUUUUUGUCACCAGAUGAUUAUCAAAAAAUAUCAUCAAGUUAUAAUUAUUAACUUUUACAAUCAUUAAAGAAAACCAAGAACGAGAGAAAGAGUGUCAUAAAAAUCAUC